GGGAGGGCGGGGCGGGGCGAAGAGGAUUUGGGGCGGGACUGCGAGGCCAGUGUCCCUUUCGCUUUCCCUUUUGUUCUUUCCAACCGCCGCUGAGAUUGCGCACCGGUGAGGAGAGGGCGGCUUCCCGACGUGCAUCUCUGCCCGCGCCCGCGCCCCCAGGCUCUAGUGGUCCAGUGCCUUCCCGGGUCCGCACACAGGUUCCACCUGGCCUUGACCCCUGUGGCUCCCACCGACGCACCGACAAAUAGACAAGCAACGCUGGAAGCGAAUGAGUCGCGGGGGCGCCCCGCAGCGGAGGAGCCCCGCGCACCAUGCAAUUCCCGCCCGACUGGCCCCCGGAGCCUGGCGCGCUCCGGCCAUCGCCCUUCCCGCACCCUGUGCUGCAUGCCCUCCACGGCCUGGCCCGCGUGCUCCUCUUCCCGGCCUACUGGACCCUGGACCAGCUGCUGGGCUGCUGGGCGCCAAUGGCGCGCCCCAGCAGCCUGAAAUGGCUGAGCGCUGCCGCGCGAGCGGGAGCGGCGCUGCUGUUGCUGCUGCUCGUCGGCCUGCCCCUGGCCUUGCCCGGCUUGCUGCUCUGGCUGCUGCUGCAGGCCUGGCGUCGCCCCUUCUGCUACCAACCCCCUCCGCAGUGCUGGGCACCACCCGCACCUUGGCGCCCCCCAGCUGAGCCCGCUCGCUGCUUCAGCUUCCUCAGCGCCAACCUGUGUCUGCUCCCCGACGGGCUGGCACGCUUCAGCAACUUGCAGCACAGCCAGCGGCGGGCUGAGGCAGUGGGCUCCGUGCUGCUCACCGGCCUGCGGCCCUCGCGCUACGGGACUACGGGCUGCAGCCCGCCACCGCCUGGGGCGCCUUGCGGGGUGCUGAUAGCAGCGGUGCCGGCCGGUCUGGACUUCGUGUGCCUGCAGGAGGUGUUCGAUCUGCGCGCGGCGCACCGUCUGGUGAGCCGCCUGGCGCCCAAUCUGGGCCCGGUGCUGUACGACGUGGGCACGUACGGACUGCAGCCUGGGCCGCAACUCAAGCUGCUGGGCAGUGGGCUGAUGCUGGCCUCGCGCUACCCGCUGUUGCGCGCCGCCUUCCGGUCCUUCCCCAACGCUCGGCGCGAGGACGCGCUGGCCUCCAAGGGACUGCUUUCUGCACAGGCGCAGCUGGGGAUCCUGGACGGGCGCCCUAUCGUGGGCUUCCUGCAUUGCACGCAUUUGCAUGCGCCGAGUGAGGACGGACCCUUGCGCUGUAAACAGCUGACGCUGCUGCUGGACUGGGCCGAGCAGUUUGAGGCCGAGAGCUGCCAGAGUGACGAGGCCGUGGCUUUCAGUGUGCUCUUGGGUGACCUGAACUUCGACAAUUGCUCGCUAGAUCACGCGCAGGAGCAGGAGCACCAGCUCUUCAGCCGUUUCCAGGACCCCUGUCGCCUGGGCACACGCCGGGAGCAGCCCUGGGCCCUGGGAACGUUACUGAGCACUUCCACGCUCCACCACUCUGUGGCCUGCUCCCCGGAGAUGCUGCGGAGGUGAGCAGCGACCUGGGGGCUAGGCACCGCCCAGAACGGAGGGGUGCCCUGGCCUUCAUGACA